UCAGACAUUGAGUCUUCACUUUGUAACCGACUUGCGUGUUGCUCUGUGAAUGCUCCUCUUGUACAAGAUUAAACCCUUGUUUGAAUUUUGAGCUGACUCCGAUCUCCUUCCUCCAGUUCUAAAUUAUUGCAGAAUUAUUUUAACACUGGGCUGGCUGCCCGUCUCCAAUGUGUCAAACUGCAUUGGAGAAACACUGAUGUGGAAUGUGAAAUUGGUUUAGUAUUUUUACCGGUUUAAAUCACCGGGUGUGUUUGUUUUGUAAAGGAAGAGACCUCUGCAGAUAAUUUGGCUCCUGGUAAAAAAAGAAAAUGGACACAGGAGUACCUCUAAUUUCAAUCUGUAAUCCUCACAGCUAGAUGCCACUAAAUCCCCUAAAUCUGACACGCUGCUCCUUCAAGUGUUUGUCAUUUCCUGGAAAACAAUAAAAAAAUGUUGGGAACUCAUCCUGUGUAACACAUACUAAUUUUGUGUCAAAUGGAAUGCUUUACCUACCAUUUGGAGGCAUCAGCUCCAUCACAGGGAUGAACCUGUGUCUUUCUUUCACCUACACAUGCAUGGCCUCACUCCAAAAACGACUUUAUCAUGGUUGUCUUCUCACUCUGAUUCAUCCCUGACCGAUUCGUCAGUAAAACCUGCAGAUGCAGGUGAUGGUGGCUGCAAUAAAUCCUCACCUCAACAACAGAGGGAGGCACACAUUCAGUGCCACUAGCUACCGCAGACACCAAUUAAUAUUUUCGACAAGUCCCUCCUUAGCUUAAUGGUUUCACAGGGGGUACGUAAAUGCGGAAUCAAAUGGCUGUCUGCUGCCAGUUUCAUGGGAAAUUUAAUGUAAAUGUUAAAGCAACACUGUAACUUUAAAGAGAAGCGGGGCACCCAGUGGCCUAGUGGGAAGAGCAGAUGUCCCAUAUAUACAAAGGCAAUGUCCUUGACACAGCAGCCAAAGGCUCAAUUCCAGCCUGCAGCCCUUUGCUGCAUGUACCCAUAGCUAUUGUGAUGUCACCCAUUGCUUUGUGGACUCCAAUUUUGAAGCCUCUAGUUUGGCACUACGGCCGUCGCCAUCUUGUUUUUUUGCAGUUAGAAGUUACCAUAUUUGGGCGAAAGGUUGGAGCUGUGAAGGAGUGAGGGGUGGCUCUGACUGAGAAGCUGAGGACUCUAUCGGCAGACACCUGUCAUUCAAAGCUGCCAGUACUUAAUUAUGCGUAACGUUACGCCUUAAUAAAAUGGGUGUUUAGUAAGAUGGGCAUCCCUCAGAUCAGGAAUCCUGAACUCCCACCAGCCAAUGAGAUGCCAGAGUCUUACCACGCCUCUAUAGCUCUGAUUGGUUGUGGCCCAGCAUCAAUCAGCUGUGCCUCCUUCCUGGCCCGUCUUGGAUAUGAUAAUAUUACCAUAUUUGAGAAACAGAAGUACAUUGGAGGGCUGAGCACAUCAGAAAUCCCUCAGUUCCGGCUUCCCUAUGAGGUUGUCCAGUUUGAAAUAGACCUGAUGAAGGAUUUAGGAGUCAAGGUGGUGUGUGAGAAGGGUCUAGGUAUUAAUGGAAUGACUUUGACAUCCCUGAAAGAAGAAGGCUUUAAGGCUGUCUUCAUUGGGAUUGGUCUCCCUCAGGCCAACAGAGCUCCAGUCUUUCAGGGUUUGACUAUGGAUCAAGGUUUCUUCACUUCCAAAGACUUUCUGCCCAUGGUGGCCUCAGCUAGCAAGAAAGGCAUGUGUCAGUGUCGCUCCUCUCUGCCAGAAUUAAGAGGUGUAGUGAUCGUUUUGGGGGCCGGUGACACAGCGUUUGACUGCGCCACCUCGGCCCUCCGCUGUGGAGCCAAGAGAGUCUACGUCUGCUUUAGGAAGGGAUUCACUAACAUCAGGGCUGUUCCUGAGGAGAUGGAGUUGGCUAAAGAGGAGCAGUGUGAAUUUCUGCCCUUCCUGUCUCCUCGUGAGGUCAUCAUGAAGAAUGGUCGGGUUGCAGGGUUACAGUUCUGUCGCACUGAGCAGACUGAGGAAGGUGAUUGGCUGGAGGAUGAGGACCAAGUCGUCAGGCUGAAGGCUGAUUACAUCAUCAGUGCCUUCGGUUCCAUGCUCAACGAGCCGCAGGUGAGUGAAGCCAUGGCUCCUGUGAAGAUGACCCGCUGGGGUACUCCAGAGGUGAACACGGACACCAUGCAGACCAGUGAGCCCUGGGUGUUUGCAGGAGGGGAUAUUGCUGGUUUGGCAAACACCACAGUGGAAUCAGUGAACGACGGCAAACAGGCUUCAUGGCACAUUCACAGAUACAUGCAGUCCCUGUAUGGACAGACAGUGGACCCAGUCCCGAAGCUGCCGUUGUUCUACAGUGCUAUAGAUCAGGUGGACAUCAGCGUUGAGAUGUGUGGAAUAAAGUUUCCCAACCCGUUCGGCCUGGCAUCUGCUCCUCCCACCACCAGCACAGCUAUGAUCAGAAGAGCUUUUGAACAAGGAUGGGGCUUCGCUCUGACCAAGACGUUUGGACUGGAUAAGGAUCUGGUGACCAAUGUGUCUCCUCGUAUUGUGCGUGGCACUACCUCAAGUCAUCUGUAUGGACCAGGUCAAGGUUCCUUCCUCAAUAUUGAGCUCAUCAGUGAGAAGACAGCAGCCUACUGGUGUCAGUCAGUGGCUGAGCUAAAGAAGGACUACCCUAAUAAUGUGGUGAUCUCCAGCAUUAUGUGUGCUUACAACAAGGAAGACUGGACAGAACUAGCCAAGAUGGCAGAGGCAUCAGGAGCAGAUGCAUUGGAGCUGAACCUGUCUUGUCCCCAUGGGAUGGGAGAGAGAGGCAUGGGACUGGCCUGUGGACAGGACCCGGUGUUGGUGCGUAACAUCUGUCGCUGGGUGCGCGCAACCAUUUCCAUCCCAUUCUUUGCCAAACUGACACCAAAUGUUACCAAUAUUGUCGACAUCGCCAAGGCAGCUCAGGAAGGUGGAGCAGAUGGAGUAACAGCCACCAACACAGUCUCAGGUUUGAUGGGACUGAACGCUGAUGGCGUCCCUUGGCCAAGUGUUGGAAAGGACAAACGCACCACGUAUGGAGGGGUGUCUGGUAAUGCCAUCAGACCCAUUGCUCUCAAAGCUGUAUCAGCUAUCGCCAGAGCACUUCCUGGUUUCCCAAUUCUGGCCACCGGAGGCAUCGACUCAGCAGAGAGUGGACUACAGUUUCUUCACGCCGGGGCCUCAGUGUUACAGGUGUGCAGUGCAAUACAGAACCAGGACUUCACAGUGAUUGAGGAUUACUGUGUGGGUCUGAAGGCCUUAUUGUACCUGAAGAGCCUGGAGCUGAAGGACUGGGAUGGUCAGUCUCCUCCAACAGAGAGACAUCAGAAGGGAAAACCUGUUCCCAGACUGGAACAACUGGUGGGAAAGAGCCUCCCUAGCUUUGGUCCAUAUCUCCAGGAGAGGACAGAAGCCAUUGCAGAGUACAAGAAAAAGCUCAGAAACACACAAACUGAUGUGAUGGAGGCCACCAUCAGCCGGAUCAACACACCCAAAAAACCUGUUCCUGCUGUCAAGGAUGUGAUAGCCAGAGCCCUGCGCCAUAUCGGAGCAUACCAGGACCUUAACAACAUGGAGCAGGUCCAGGCUCUGAUAGAUGAAGAGAUGUGUAUCAACUGUGGAAAAUGUUACAUGACCUGCAAUGACUCUGGUUACCAGGCUAUAACAUUUGACCCAGAGACCCACCUUCCCGUGGUGACUGACAGCUGCACGGGCUGCACUCUGUGCUUCAGCGUCUGUCCAAUUAUAGACUGCAUCAAAAUGGUUACCAUGAAAACACCUUAUAAACCUAAGAGGGGUGUGCCCGUUAGUCCUGUGUGCUAAAGGGAAAGACAAUCCAGAACUUUCCACCUAUUUAAAAACAGAGAUCAGACAUUAUGAACUUUGGUUUUAAUUAAUCGUGGUUUAAGCAUUUGUUCGCCAUUGAUGCAAGUCAUUUGGAUGGUGUAAAGAAUUCAAAAGUGAAUGGGUGGGACUUGUGAGAAAUUUAGUCUUGAUUUGGAGAAAUACUGGCACCAUUAUGGUAUUACAAUUGGAAAAAGGGGCAACCUUCCUUUUUAAGUUCAAGGUUCACAACAAACAUAAUUUUUUUCAAUAUUUUAACCGUAAUUCUUAUCAAAAUUAUGUUAGUAAAUGUGUAAUCUGCUUUAUGUUAUCCCUCUGUAAACACCUUGGGUCUCAUUCAUGAAACGUGAACAGAACGAAUUUGUGUGUAAACUAUACGUUGAAGGAAAUUUGCGUGUAUUUUGGCAUUCAUCAAUAUGUUAGUAGCUCCAAUCAUUUUGUAGGUACUAACAAAAUCUACACCUGCCUACACCCACCUGUACCCAUUGUACACAUAUAUUUUCGUAUUGUGCUCUAUUAUGUUCACAAUAUGGAGAUGCCUUUGAAACACAUGAGUUAAACAUGACAAAAGAUUAGAAAUAUAACACAUUUAGCUAAAUUAGUUGGCAUUUAGCAGAUUCAAGCUUCAGAUUAGGCUUCUUAAAAAUGUGAAUGAGUUAUUUGAAUGGACUUAAUACAAAAUUGGAAAACACUGUUCUCUGAAUAAAUAAAAUAACAAACCAACCAAUCUACCCUCCACACUGCAAAGUAGGCCUGUGUUCAGUCACAACAAGCAGGCUAAGUGGGGAGACAUAAACUUUAUUUUAAAUGGAAUUUUGGUUUAAAAAAGACAAGUGAAAGUGGGAAAACAAUUCAGCAUCUGUCUCUACUCACAGUGGGCAGUUGGUGAACAGGAAUCAGACUACUUGUAAACUUAACAGCAGGUUAUUGCCUACAUUAGACCGCCUGUAUUAAGAUGUUUCAAUAGUGGUUAAAUUUCACAACAGAGACAAAGAAUGCUGAUGCUAAGGGGAAACACUAUUGUUACUUGGCUGUCCAUGACGGCAGAUGAGGGAGACGUGAUGCUGCUCUGCAGGGUGCUUGAUUUGCAUGUGGCUGCCACGAGGGAAGCUGAAGAGGACAGGGGCUUGACUCAAAUGUCGCUGUCGGGCAUACAACACACUUUUAAUUUGAGAAUUGAUGCCAUCGGCCAAAUUUAAAAACUAAAAUAUAAAAUUAUUCAAAGAAAAAGAAGAAACAUCUUGCAGAAAGGGCACUUAUCUAGACAGGGGGUUAAAGGGCAGAUGCUUGAGCACCACCUGCGGUCUAUUGAUUUACCUGUCCCUGUCACACCUCUACUAACAGAAGAAAAUAAAAUGUUUUUCUCAACUCAGCUUCACCUAAACAUCAACCUCAUCGUCGGAAAAGUUUUUCUUUCUCUCUCUCUCUUUGUUUGCACCAUGUUCGCAGGUCGACAGGAUGCACCUAUUCUGGUAAUUAUCACCUCCAUAUAUGGUCGUCACUGGCUAUAAAUGGGCGGGGAUGUACAUUAAUUGCUGACUAGCAGGAGCACGCUGUCAGUUUCAUCAACAUGCAUACAUGCUUUUGAUCAAAUCCGAGUUUUCCACAGCCUUCAUGAACCCGGUGUAGGUUUUUACUACCAAGGGUUUUCAUGUGCAAAUCUACUCACAGAUUUACAAACAUUUCAUGAAUGAGACCCCUUAUGUUUAAUGUGAUGAUGGACAACUUCAAAUUAAUUGUGCAUAUUGUAUAUUAGAUAUAUUAAUGUAAAAGGAAAUGCAUCUUUGAUAUAGUCUAUGAUUUAAAUAAAGUUUCUUUGAUGAAACAAACCGUCUGUACACUGGAGUGAAACUGACAUGAUCAGACACAUGUAAGACGGGGGAAAAAGUACUAAUGUAUCUCAGACAUCACGAGUCAAACUGGGAUGAAAUUCAUGUUUGAAGGACUAAAGGAUGGGCCACAACUAAAUGGAAAAUGGAAAGUGGA